GAUCUCGCAGAAAGGCGCCGUCUUUUGCAGCGUCGUUAGUGAACAGAAAAAAAAGGGGGAGAAAAAAAAGCGAAGAUGGCUUCUCCAAGGACGAUAACCAUCGUGGCACUUUCAUUCGCACUUGGUCUUUUUUUCGUCUUUAUGGGCACAAUUAAGCUGACACCAAGACUAAGCAAAGAUGCUUAUAGUGAGAUGAAACGGGCGUACAAGAGCUAUGCCAAGGCUCUCCCCGGCUUGAAGAAACUGGGCAUCGGCUCGGUGCUCCUGCGAAAGAUCAUCGGCACGCUGGAAGUGGGCUGUGGGGUGGUGCUGACGCUCGUGCCAGGGAGACCAAAAGAUGUGGCCAACUUCUUGCUGCUGCUGGUCAUGCUAGCGGUGCUGUUCUUCCACCAGCUAGUGGGCGACUCUCUCAAGCGAUACGCUCAUGCCCUAGUUUUUGGCAUCUUGUUGACCUGCCGGCUCCUCAUCGCCAGACAGAGCGAGGACAGGCCAGAGAGGGAGGAAACGAGGGAGCAGCAGGUCAAUGCUGAGGAAAAGAACAAGGUCAAAGUGUCUUAGUCCUAGUUCCUAAGCUGGGCAGAGCCACACCUAGAGGAAAGUUGGAUGUCUCUCUUUGGAUGAUGAAAAUCCUGUAAAAAAAAAUAAAAUAAAAAAAAAGUCGCCACACAAGAGAUAGCUGAGGCCCCUGAUGGUCCCUGAGUCUACCCCCCCCCACCCCCCAUCCCUCCUCCCCUGGCCGACUGAUUGUUCAUUUCACCCGCCCUACUAAAACAUAAAAGCCCUUCACCUGACAUUGGACAAUCACGUGUGGCAACUGUCCUCUUCCAGGAAACGAGACAAUUUAUGCAGCCGUCAUUCCCUCAAUUGUUAAUUGUUUUUCAUUGUCCAUCUCUAUAUAAACCUCUACAUUUAAAACUGAAUUGCAUUUGCAUUACAGAUGCAAUUUUUUGAGUCAGGGUUUUGAUUGCUGAUUAAUGCCAGAUUCAAAUGGAACGUGCUACAUUUUCCGGGGCAGUGUUUCAUAUUAGUAGGUAAUUUCAAUUUCUGAAGAAUAAUUAUUUGGCUUAAGCAUUAUACAUGUGGCUAAACCAUUCUAAUUAGCAUUACCCUCUUAUAUGUAAUGUUCAUACAUGUGCGUUUAUGUUCCAUCUUUAUUUUUUUGUUCAUGCUUAAGAGGAUGUAGAAUGAAAUUACUGUGUGUAUUGGUAUUUUUUUAAAUUAGGCUUCUCCAGUAGUUCUUGUUCCUGUUUUUGCCUAUCAGAAAUGGAAAUCAUUGAAGUGGCCAAAUAAUGGACAGUACUUUUUAGAUUGAUGUGACUUUUUUUUUUUUUCAUUUUGUUUGUUUUGUUUAGCAGACACUAGACACUAGAGCUACAUUCCCUGCUGAUCUGUGGUACCCUUCUUGAGUUUCUGCUCUUGUUUGUAUCUUUGAGGAGAGGGAAAAAAAUGUUUGUGAAGAAAGCAAAUUUUCCACUACUGGCUCAAUGUCCAUCUGAUCCAUCGAUGAUAUCGAUAACAUGCCAUGUAUGAAUAUUCAGUGAAACUGUCUUUGCUUGAAUUUCCUAAGCUCUCAUUUCCUAUUGUGACUCACAUUUGUUCUUGUGGCAUGACAAAAAUAUUCAAGGUGAACGGGGGAAGAAAGCAAAAUAAUACAAGGCAGUCAGUGGUUUGAAGGAUAAGCAGUGUUUAAGUGUGGGAUUAGUGAUCUUUGUUUUUCUGUUUGCAUUGGAUCCUUCUUGACCAGUGGGUGGGACAGGUGCACAUGGUUCUCAUUGGUGAAUAAUUGUUGAACAGUGGAUAAUCAAAGUCCAUAUAUACACAGUAGGCAUGUUUACUGAUCUUUAUCUUAAUAUGAAAGGGGAUGGUAAGGGGUGCAAGGAUGUGUGCUUUUUUGAUGUCACCAAGAGGGGAAAUAACUCAGGUUAAGUAGAAAGAUCUAUAUACUGAGCAUAAAUUAUGAUCAAAAUACAAUCAUGUUGGUGGCUUGGAUUACAAAAAAGCCCUGGUGUGUCACUGUGCUUUGAAUUCUUUAUAGAAAUGUGCAAAAUAAAGAUGUUUGGAGGAAAA